UCAGAAGAUUCAGAACAGGAAAGUUAUUAGAGGAGACAAGACGAAGUGAAGCACAACUAUGGCGCUCUUGACCAGACGCACUCUGGGUUCUUUCCUCUCUCGAGCUCUCUCUUCUUCAUCAUUGUCGUCUCCUAUUCAUUCACGAUUGACAUUGGCUGUUCUCGGGAAGCAGCAUCAGCAAUUUUCUCCGGAGUCGAGGAGAAUCCCGAUUCGACCAAAAACAUCUGGGUCAGGGUAUUCGCCCUUGAACGAUUCUUCUCCCAACUGGAGCAAUAGGCCCCCCAAGGAGACGAUUCUUCUCGAUGGUUGUGACUAUGAGCAUUGGCUCAUCGUCAUGGAAUUCCCUGAAGAUCCUAAACCCUCUGAGGAUGAGAUGAUAGCUUCAUACGUCAAGACACUAGCCGCUGUCGUCGGAAGCGAAGAGGAGGCGAAGAAGAAGAUUUACUCGGUUUGCACUACUACAUAUACGGGCUUUGGUGCUUUGGUCUCCGAAGAGCUCUCCUACAAGAUUAAAGGACAACCUGGUGUUCUUUGGGUGUUGCCUGAUUCAUAUCUUGAUGUGCCCAACAAAGACUAUGGAGGCGAUUUGUUCAUCGAUGGGAAAGUCAUCCAUAGACCACAGUUCAGGUUCAAUGAGAGGCAGCAAACUAGAAACAGACCGCGACCAAGGUACGAUAGGCGCAGGGAGACAAUGCAGGUUGAAAGAAGAGAACCAGUGCAUAGAGUGACAGAGACAGUUGGGCCCAAAGGCAACUGAUAAUGCAAACAAGUUCUAUGGGUCAGCAAGAAUUGUCUCAGGGUGGAGGGAGUGAUCCCUUACUAAAUC